AUGGCCUAUGCAGAGGAGGACAGGAACAGCUAUGAGGUGUGCAAGGAAACAGCAGAUUGGUUACGAGCCCGCACUGCUCAGUGCCCGAAGAUGGCGAUCAUCUGCGGGUCCGGGCUGGGCGAUCUGGCUGAGGUGCUAGACAAGAAGGCAGUCUUUCCGUACGAGGACAUCCCCCACUUCCCACGGAGCACAGUCGCAGGGCACGCGGGCAGGCUGGUGUUCGGGGAGCUGAGCGGGCAGCCGUGCGUGUGCAUGCAGGGGCGCUUCCACGCCUACGAAGGGUACUCCGGCAGCGCGAUCACCUUUCCCAUCAGGGUCUUCUCUCUCCUGGGGGUGGAGGUCUUGAUUACCACAAAUGCUGCCGGGGGACUGAACCACCACUUCCAGGUGGGGGACAUCAUGUUCAUCAGAGACCACAUCAGCAUGUUUGGCUUGGGAGGGCAGAACCCGCUGCGUGGGCCAAACGAUGAGAGGCUUGGCGUGAGGUUUCCCUGCAUGUCUGAUGCUUACGACCCAGAUCUGCUCGGCCUGGCGAUGGAGAGCGCACAGGAGCUGGGCUUCCAGAGCUUCGUCCACACAGGGGUGUACUGCAUGCUGGCCGGUCCCUCCUAUGAAACCGUCGCUGAGAGCCGUGUGCUGCAGGCCCUGGGGGCAGAUGCUGUGGGCAUGAGCACCGUCCCAGAAGUCAUCGUCGCCAGGCACUGUGGCCUCCGCGUCCUCGGGCUGUCCCUCAUCACCAACAGGGCGGCGACAAGCUACAGCAGCCCAGAGAAAACCAGCCACGACGCCGUGCUGCGCGUCUCAGUGGCACGGGCUGAAGCCCUGAGCAGGCUGGUGGUGCGCCUCGCCGCCCGCCUCGGGGAGAGCCCCCGCUCCCCCCGACCACAGCCACUUACCUGCGUAUAACAGCACGUGGACGCCAGAGAGUGCUGGGGUGAGAUUGUCCCCUCCUGCUGUUGUGGUUGUGAACAUGCCGGGAAUCUCGUCCCCGUGCUUCAGCCAGGAUUUGCUUUGAAACUUGCCGUGAUGACCCCCAGGUAGCAGCCAGCUCCCUUCUUGGCCAAGGAAGGCCAUAGCAGUGUUCUGGCACCAAACAGCCCCCGCCGACCCCUCGCAGAUCCCCAGAGCUGUGUGUCCCUUGGCACCAUAGGCUCUGUGGGGCUGCCGUGGGGCUCCUGCCCCUACUACAGGUCCUUCCCAUCGCACCGAGCCGGGAGCAAGCUGGAGAGACGGGCAUGGGGCUCGGUGUCUGCUGGGGAUGCCUGGUUAGCGCCUGCUCCAAAGCCACUGGAAGCCCAGAGACAGACCGAGUUUUGGAUGAGGACCCGGGUACAAAAAACAGGGCAGGACGCAGGUGAGAGCGGAGUGGAUGGAGCAAGCGUUGCUGCCAAGCAAACUGCGGCACCCCCGUGCUCUCCAAGGGGUUGUUGUGGUCUCUGCACCCCGGGACGCCCUCGGCUCACUGCCCGGCUCCGUGGCUAUUUGCUGCCUGCACCCUGCACCCUCCAGGCUGGGUUUUGGUGUCCCAGGAUGGAGCGGUCACCGUCUGAGCCAGCUUCACCCCAAAUUUGUGCUCCUGCAGCACCGGUGGUUCAUGGUGUUGACUGAGGUGAUGUUACAGCGGGAAUUAUGGGGGAAUGGGCACC